AUGGCUUUGGCACGGCUGGGCACGGAGGGGUUUGGCUUGGCACGGCCUUGGCACGGUUGGGUAUGGCUUUGACACGGCUCAGCACAGCUCUGUCAUGGCUUUGGCACGGCUGGACGGGGCUUUGGCCCAGCUCUGUCGCGGCUCGAGGUGAAUUUGGCACAUCCUGGCCGGGCUAAACGUGGCUUUGGCACGGCUGGGUGUGGAUGAGCGUGACUUGGCCUGGCAUUGGCACUGCUUUGGUGGGGCUUUGGAUGUCUUUGGCACGGGUUUGGCACAGCCGGGCUGGUCAUGGGCACAGCACGGCACUGCCACAGCUGUGGCACAGCUUUGGCAUGGCCGGGCACGGCUUUGGCGUUGCUGGACCGCUCUUUUGGCACACUUUUGGCGCGGUUUCAGCGCGGUUUUGGCACACCCGGACCCGGCCUUUGUCACCUGGGGAUGCGACGGGCGCGGCCGUCACGGGUGGGCGUGACCAAACCCUGUGGGCGUGGCCACCCCCACGGGCGGGUACCUGUGCUGGGCGUGUCCCCCGUGGGUGGGCGUGUCCCCCGUGGGUGGGUGUGUCCCCUAUAGGCGGGCGGGCCGUGGGUCGCGGCCGGGCAGUCUCGGCGGGGCCAUGAACGGGCUGAAGGGCUGGUGCGCGGUGCUGGACGUGCGACCCCACGGCGAGAGCCCGGAGAGCGUGAAGGUGCUGCGGCUGACGCUGCCCCAUGAGCUGCCGGGCGAGCGGCGCGAGCAGGCGAAGCAGAAGCCGGUGGGAAAAGCCUACGCCAUGGUGGCCAACAAAUCCAGCAACGGGCACGCCCUGGCCUCGGAGUGCGUCAAGUCCAACGAGGGGGACGAGGAGAUCAUCAAGGUUUAUCUCAAAGCCCGAGCCGAGGGCAGCACAAACCACGAGGAGAAGGUGACCCAGCUCAAGAGCCACGUGCGGUACAUCCAGGAGGUGGUGCUGGAGCAGCAGAACGGGAGCUGGACGUGCCCCGAGAGGCUCCGGGGGGACUCCUGGCAGGAGCAGGAGGAGGAGAAUUGCUCCAGCCAGGACGUGGAGACGCUCCAGCAGACGGCCAGGAGGCUCCUCAGGAGGCUGCAGGAGGCCGAGAAGCGCCAUCAGUUGGAAAGAAAAGCCUUUGAGAGGACGGUGGCCCAGUACCAGGAGGAAGCGGAGAGGACGAGCUCUGCCCUCCGGAGAGCCGAGAGGACCGCGGAGCAGAAGGAGCUGCAGGUGGAUGAGCUGCAGAGAAGCCUGGCCGGGCUGGAAAAGGAGCACCGGGGCUUGGUGGCGGAGCUGAAAGCCGGAGAGGCCGAGCUGGAGCGGCUGCGGAGCGUGGAAGGGGACAAGCUCGCCCAGCAGGACCGGGUGGCCCAGCUGGAGAAGGAGGUGGCCAUGCUGAGGGAGAAGAUCCAUCACCUGGAUGACAUGCUGAAGAGCCAGCAGCGCAAAGUCCGGCAGAUGAUCGAGCAGCUCCAGAACUCCAAGGCGGUGAUUCAGGACAAGGAUUCCACGAUCCAGGAGCUGAAGGAGAGAGUCUCUUACCUGGAGGCUGAGAACCUGGAGAUGCACGACCGCAUCGAGCACCUGAUCGAGAAGCAGGUCAGCCGGGGCGGGCACAGCUCCAGGGCCCGCUCCAAGUCGGAAUACGUGAGCAGCAAGAGGCUGACGGGCCCCAAGCCGCUGCCUCUGAUCCGAGUGGUGGAGACCUGAUCUGCGAGGGCUGGGCCGAGCUGGACUCUUCCCCUUUGUCGUGGUUGGCCCGGAUUUUCCGGAUUUUCCCUGCUUGGCUCCGGCCUCGGGGCCCUCCCGGGAGCUGCGGCAGCCGAGGGUGGAUGGAGCCCCAAGGGGCACUCCUGGAGCAGGGAAGGAGGUUUGGGAAGCGCCCGAACGUGGCUGUUCCUUGCGGGAUCCCAGCCCAGCUCCCGGGUCUGGAAGCUGGGAUAGUUCCCCCCCCUUUCCUUUCCUUCUUGGAGUGGAUUUGCUGUCCCAGGCUGGGUUUGGAGGGAGGGUCUCCCCUCUCCCCCCUCAACCAGAUUCCCCCUCUCCCCUCCAGCUUCAACACGGCCUGGGGUGGGGGUUGAAGGCCACCCUUUCCUUUCGGGUUUUCCAAACUCCCAAAUGCAAAGAUUCCACCUCCCAGAGAGAGAAAUCCCUCCUUUCCCGCCCGAUUUCCAACCUCCAGCACCCACCUGGCUGAAAAAUCCGUGUAUUCCCAAGCUCUUCCCCCCCCCCCAGUUUGGACCCGUUCUCUGUGCCAUGUGUGUGACCCCAGGGGCCGUUCGGGGCACUUUGGGGCACUCCCCUGUAUUUAUUUCCCUAAAUUAUUGGUGUCUCCCAAGGAUGUGGCGACAGGCACAGGCUGCCAGCCCUGGCAUUCCCAGGAAUGCAGCCCAGGACUGCCCCAUCCCACGUUUGACCUGGGAAAACACCAACCAUCCCUUUCCCCACCCCGGGGGGAGGAGCUGGGGUGGUUUUUAUUGCCUGUUUUUGGUAGGAAAAUACAUCAUCUGCCUCCAAAUCCUGCUUGGGUUGGUUGAAAGGUGGGAACAGCGGGAAUUUUGGGAGGGUGGGGGGUGUUUUCCCUGCAUCUCCAGGUGCUUCUGGUUGGUGUUUUUCCAAUCUUUCCAAUCCAGACAUUGCUCCACACACACCAUGGGAGCGAGGUGGGGUCUCUGGAUUGGAAUUCCAGCCAUUCCCAGCUCCCUGGGGGAGGUGGGAGGGGGAAAUGUGCAUUCCCAGAGUGGGAAUUUCUCCUCAGAGCCGGGACUGUCUCCAUGGAGAGGGUGGGAUAAGCUGGGAAUCAGCACCCCCUGCCUGCCCUGGACCGCUGAGGGGAUCCCAAUCCCAACUUUCCAGGGGUUUGGGAAGAAGGAGGGGAAAAAAGGUGGGAAGGAAAG